ACACAAACACAAACACGCUCCGCGUCCCCGGGGAGGGCGGACCCACGCCACCUCACCAAUCCCCGCCCCUGGACCCCGCGGCCCCCCGUCGCACCCAAGGGCCCGUGCCCACAGCAAAGCAACCCGGUCCCGGGGAGACGGUAGCGGCCGCAGAGACCCGCUCGCUCUAACGGUCGCGGAGACGCAACGAGCCUUCUUCCUUGAGUCGGUAGGAGACACUGUGGAAGCCGCCGAGAGCGCAGCGAGGCGCCUCUCCCCACCGCCUCGGGGGACGCGCGGGAAGCGGUCUGCCCACCCCCUCAAUUCAGUCUCGCCGGCGAUCGCCGCUCCCACCUUCCGCCGCCGCCGCCUGGAGGGAAGCCGGAACGGCAGAGGUCACGGCGGGGGUCAGAGGGUAAAGGUCCUGCUCCCAGCAGCCUCCGCGGUAGAUACGUCGCCAUCUUGGAUCCGCGGGACAAGAAAAUUCAUGCGAGGGAGAACUGGUGGGCGGUCCUUCCUGUGACACGACCCUUGAGUGACAGUUCUAUUUGAUUGCCUCCAGUACUGUGAGGAAAGGACACGACUCUAUGGUGAGGACUGAUGGACAUACAUUAUCUGAGAAAAGAAACUACCAGGUGACAAACAGCAUGUUUGGUGCUUCAAGAAAGAAGUUUGUAGAGGGGGUCGACAGUGACUACCAUGAUGAAAACAUGUACUACAGUCAGUCUUCUAUGUUUCCACAUCGGUCAGAAAAAGAUAUGCUGGCAUCACCAUCUACAUCAGGUCAGCUGUCUCAAUUUGGGGCAAGUUUAUACGGGCAACAAAGUGCACUAGGCCUUCCAAUGAGGGGAAUGAGCAACAAUACCCCUCAGUUAAAUCGCAGCUUAUCACAAGGCACUCAGUUACCGAGCCACGUCACGCCAACAACAGGGGUACCAACAAUGUCACUUCACACGCCUCCAUCUCCAAGCAGGGGUAUUUUGCCUAUGAAUCCUAGGAAUAUGAUGAACCACUCCCAGGUUGGUCAGGGCAUUGGAAUUCCUAGCAGGACAAAUAGCAUGAGCAGUUCAGGGUUAGGUAGCCCCAACAGAAGCUCGCCAAGCAUAAUUUGUAUGCCAAAGCAGCAGCCUUCUCGACAGCCUUUUACUGUGAACAGUAUGUCUGGAUUUGGAAUGAACAGGAAUCAGGCAUUUGGAAUGAAUAACUCCUUAUCAAGUAACAUUUUUAAUGGAACAGAUGGAAGUGAAAAUGUGACGGGAUUGGACCUUUCAGACUUUCCAGCAUUAGCAGACCGGAACAGAAGGGAAGGAAGUGGUAAUCCAACUCCAUUAAUAAAUCCCUUGGCUGGAAGAGCUCCUUAUGUUGGAAUGGUAACAAAACCAGCAAAUGAGCAAUCCCAGGACUUCUCAAUCCACAAUGAAGACUUUCCAGCAUUACCUGGCUCCAACUAUAAAGACCCAACAUCAAGUAAUGAUGACAGUAAAUCUAAUUUGAAUACAUCCGGCAAGACAACUACAAGUACAGAUGGUCCCAAAUUUCCUGGGGAUAAAAGUUCAACAACACAAAAUAAUAACCAGCAGAAAAAAGGGAUCCAGGUGUUACCUGAUGGUCGGGUUACUAACAUUCCUCAAGGAAUGGUGACGGACCAAUUUGGAAUGAUUGGCUUAUUAACAUUUAUCAGGGCAGCAGAGACAGACCCAGGAAUGGUACAUCUUGCAUUAGGCAGUGACUUAACAACAUUAGGCCUCAACUUGAACUCUCCUGAAAAUCUCUACCCCAAAUUUGCAUCACCCUGGGCAUCUUCACCUUGUCGACCACAAGACAUAGACUUCCAUGUUCCAUCUGAAUACUUAACGAACAUUCACAUUAGGGAUAAGCUGGCUGCAAUAAAACUUGGCCGAUAUGGAGAAGACCUACUUUUCUAUCUCUACUACAUGAAUGGAGGAGACGUAUUACAACUAUUAGCUGCAGUAGAGCUUUUUAACCGUGAUUGGAGAUACCACAAAGAAGAGCGAGUAUGGAUUACCAGGGCACCAGGCAUGGAGCCAACAAUGAAAACCAAUACCUAUGAGAGGGGAACAUAUUACUUCUUUGACUGUCUUAACUGGAGGAAAGUAGCUAAGGAGUUCCAUCUGGAAUAUGACAAAUUAGAAGAACGGCCUCACCUGCCAUCCACCUUCAACUACAACCCUGCUCAGCAAGCCUUCUAAAACAAAAGACUUCCCUUUUCUUGGGGUAUGGCUGUCUCAGCACAAUACUCAACAUAACUGCAGAACUGAUGUGGCUCAGGCACCCUGGUUUUAAUUCCUUGAGGAUCUGGCAAUUGGCUUAUGCAAAGGGUCACCAUUUGAGGUCCUGCCUUACUAAUUAUGUGCUGCCCAACAACUAAAUUUAUAAUUUGUUUUUCUCUAGUUUGAGCAGGGUCUGAAUAUCUUCAUUUAUUUUCAUUUUUGCCAGCAGACAGACUUGGGUCUAUAAAGACAAACAAGUACACUGACAGAAGUUUUCCAUUUAGUUUCUAAAAUGUAAAAAAAACAACCCACAAGACUCAACAAAAUUAGACCACAAAAUUUGCAUUGUUCAUUGUAGCACUAUUGGUAAUAAAAUAACAAAUGUUUGUGCAUUUUUAUGUGAAGAUCCUUCUCGUAUUUCAUUUGGAAAGAUGAGCAAGGUCUGCUUCCUUCAUUUUACUUCCCCUUCUGUUUUUGAAAGGCAGUUUCGCCAAGCUUAACGCAAGAAUAUCUGACUGUUUAGAAGAAAGAUAUUGCCACAAUCUCUGGAUGGUUUCCAGGGUUGUGUUAUUACUGAGCUUCAUCUUUCCAGAAUGAGCAAAACACUGUCCAGUCUUUGUUACGAUUUUGUAAUAAAUGUGUACAUUUUUUUAAAAUUUUUGGACAUCACAUGAAUAAAGGUAUGUAUGUACGAAUGUGUAUAUAUUAUAUAUAUGACAUCUAUUUUGGAAAAUGUUUGCCCUGCUGUACCUCAUUUUUAGGAGGUGUGCAUGGAUGCAAUAUAUGAAAAUGGGACAUUCUGGAACUGCUGGUCAGGGGACUUUGUCGCCCUGUGUAUUAAAGGGCCAGAUUUUCAGCAGCCAAGGACAUCCAUACCCAAGUGAAUGUGAUGGGACUUAAAAGAAGUGAACUGAGACAAUUCACUCUGGCUGUUUGAACAGCAGCGUUUCAUAGGAAGAGAAAAAAAAAACAAAAAAAAAAAAGAUCAAUCUUGUAUUUUCUGACCACAUAAAGGCUUCUUCUCUUUGUAAUAAAGUAGAAAAGCUCUCCUCA